UUCUUGUUAAGGUAUAUUAUCGCUAUUAUCACUUCAAAUCAUUUCAAACACUUUAGAAAAGCAAAACAGAUGGAAUCAAAAAAACGUUUCUGUAUCAUCACAGUUCUGUUAUUUUCGACAGUCGAAUUCCUCAUGAUGAAUGAAGCAUGCGAAUUUGAAAGAGCCAUCGCAGAGAUUGAAAGUCAAAAUGGUUCCAUCAACUACGAUACGUUUUGUUCAGAAAAACCAUCGGGAGAAGAAAAACUUGCAUGUCGCAUUCAAAACGUUCCGUCAGUUGGUUUCUUGGUUUGCAAGAAGCCUGUUUAUAAUGGUUCUCUAUGCAGAGAAACUAUUGAGACCGAGUUGGAAAACCUUGAAACAAUUCAAACGACGUAUGAUUUAAAGACAGUACAAUAUUUUCACACAAUAAUUGAUAAUGUAACUUGCGCGAGCGAGCAAGUUAACGCCGCUAACUGCAGUGGAUUUUUAGAAUGCUGGAUAGACAUAUCUAUGGGAAUGUUUAAGCACAUUCGUGAUCAUAUUAUCACAGGCAAACAAUAUGAAACAAUAAAGAAAAUAAAUGAUCUUGUAAAAGAUGUCAAGAUUUAUACUGAGACUCAAAAUGGGCUAGAGAAGACCAUCGCUGACCUUUCGAAACUUCUAGACUUUAUGGCACCAAAAACGUCGAAAAUUUUAAGGCAGGUUUGUGAUCUUCAAGGAUUUUUCAUGAAAAAAGGGGGCUUUCAAAUCGCAGAUGCUUCAGGCAUACUUGAAAAAACUGUUUCAGACAUCUGUUGGGAAGAUGAGCCAACAACUGAUGAGGUUUUAUUUGCGUUAAAUGAGACGAUAAUUAAACUUGGACAGAAAUAAAACAAUGACAUAAAAAGCACAAGCUAGCCGUAGUCGGAUACUCUAUUUAAUAUUUUAUUAUGUCCUUGUUCUAAAUUAUGGAGUUUUUGCUGAAACUUGUUGCUAAGCAAUUGUAAACUGCCAUAUUCAAGUUGAGUUAUAUGCUGUGAAAUAAAUAGAAUGAGAAAAACAAAA